AUGGAGGAACUAAAAUCUGCUAUGGAGGAGCACAUGGAGCUUAUGGCAGAUCUUGUUCAGAAAUUUUCCUCCGAUCUUCGUGUUGGCUUUCGCCCCGCUUACGAUAACUUUAUGGGUUUCAUCCAUGCCGUUGACUGGAAGGAACCUUGGAUAAUGGGAUUAGUAGGAUUCCAUGCUGUGUUGGUGCUUGUAACUAUCAUCUCUAGGAAGAAGACGGACUUUCAAAUGUUCUUGUUCCUUUUGACAUUGGCUGGUGUAUAUCUUGCUGAGACUUUGAACAAAUUUUUGGGGAAAAACUGGAAAAGCUUCUCUGGUCAGAACUACUUUGAUCCCAGUGGACUAUUUAUGUCGAUUCUUUGGUCGGGGCCUCUUCUUAUCAUUUCUAUGAUAAUCUUGAUCAAUACACUCGUCUCCUUGUGUUACUUGAUUGUUAAAUGGAAAAGAGCCGAACUGAGACAUCGUGCAAGGGCUGCUCGUGACAAGCAGGAGUAG